AUGGGACUAAAAUGGAUUGUCUGUGACAGCAGGGACCUUAGACAGCAGGGACCUCAGACUGCAGGGACCUCAGACUGCAGGGACCUCAGACAGCAGGGACCUCAGACAGCAGGGACCUCAGACUGCAGGAACCUCAGACAGCAGGGACCUCAGACAGCAGGGACCUCAGACUGCAGGGACCUCAGACUGCAGAGACCACAGACAGCAGGGACCUCAGACUGCAGGGACCUCAGACUGCAGGGACCUCAGACUGCAGAGACCUCAGACUGCAGGGACCUCAGACUGCAGGGACCUCAGACUGCAGGGACCUCAGACUGCAGGGACCUCAGACAGCAGGGACCUCAGACAGCAGGGACCUCAGACAGCAGGGACCUCAGACUGCAGGGACCUCAGACAGCAGGGACCUCAGACAGCAGGGACCUCAGACAGCAGAGACCUCAGACAGCAGGGACCUCAGACAGCAGGGACCUCAGACAGCAGGGACCUCAGACAGCAGGGACCUCAGACUGCAGGGACCUCAGACUGCAGGGACCUCAGACAGCAGGGACCUCAGACAGCAGGGACCUCAGACAGCAGGGACCUCAGACUGCAGGGACCUCAGACAGCAGGGACCUCAGACAGCAGGGACCUCAGACAGCAGGGACCUCAGACAGCAGGGACCUCAGACUGCAGGGACCUCAGACAGCAGGGACCUCAGACAGCAGGGACCUCAGACAGCAGAGACCUCAGACAGCAGGGACCUCAGACAGCAGGGACCUCAGACAGCAGGGACCUCAGACAGCAGGGACCUCAGACAGCAGAGACCUCAGACAGCAGGGACCUCAGACAGCAGGGACCUCAGACAGCAGGGACCUCAGACAGCAGGGACCUCAGACUGCAGGGACCUCAGACAGCAGGGACCUCAGACUGCAGGGACCUCAGACAGCAGGGACCUCAGACAGCAGGGACCUCAGACAGCAGGGACCUCAGACUGCAGGGACCUCAGACAGCAGGGACCUCAGACAGCAGGGACCUCAGACAGCAGGGACCUCAGACAGCAGGGACCUCAGACUGCAGGGACCUCAGACAGCAGGGACCUCAGACAGCAGGGACCUCAGACAGCAGAGACCUCAGACAGCAGGGACCUCAGACAGCAGGGACCUCAGACAGCAGGGACCUCAGACAGCAGGGACCUCAGACUGCAGGGACCUCAGACAGCAGGGACCUCAGACUGCAGGGACCUCAGACUGCAGGGACCUCAGACUGCAGGGACCUCAGACAGCAGGGACCUCAGACAGCAGAGACCUCAGACAGCAGGGACCUCAGACAGCAGAGACCUCAGACUGCAGGGACCUCAGACUGCAGGGACCUCAGACAGCAGGGACCUCAGACAGCAGAGACCUCAGACAGCAGGGACCUCAGACUGCAGGGACCUCAGACAGCACAAACACAUGCUUAGUGGACAUGCUUUUGGACUUCCUGUUCAUUUCAUGUCUUAGACAGAAUUGA